AUGAAUAUGCAUCAUGGACAUUAAGAUUCUAUCCUCAACACUUCUUUGGCCAUCGUUAACCAACACCACAACACUUUUGACAUUCUGGUCGACGAUGAAUCAGAGCACAAGUUCUGGACCAAUAAAAGGAAAUAUCAAUUCAAAUGUCUGUUGAGAAGAAUAGUUCUAAUGGUCUACAACUCUGGCCCAGUUUAUUUUAGUUACAUGCUUGUGAGUCUCUACAUUUUUAAACUACUGCGCAAGGUUGAUACAGACAAAGCUUUUCGAUAAUAAUACAUGAAGUAAUACUUCUAUGAUUAUAUGCUGUGUAUAUGCAUAGCCUGUAUUUAUACGAUAUUUUUGUAUGGUCUGUUUAAUCAUUCAGAAUUGUCGGAAGUGAAUCGUGAAUAUUUCCAUUGGUCAGUCAAUUGUGUGAUGUUUAUUAUGCUGUAUGCUAUAUUCAUUACUCAAAAGGAGUUGGUUAAAAUAGAAGAAGUGGAAAUCGAGAAAGCUCAAUAAAUUAGAACUCAGAAAGAUAAGGAACAAAGAUACGUAUUUAAUUUCAAUUUCUCCUUCCUAUUCAGCCAACAGAACUUCUACAAUAUUGGACUAGGAAGAGCUCACAUGGAUUUCAUCAAAGCUCAGGAUUCUCAAGACAAAGAUAAUCUCAACACUAUUCAACAAUUCUCAAAAUAAGUUGAUCACAUCAUUGACAAAGAAAAUCUAGAUCCAACCAUGAUUUACUUUAGCAUGUGCUCAGAUUUCAUUAAUAGCGAAAUAUAGGCAUCGCCAAUGGUUAAGAGAAGAAAAUCGAAAUUGAUUAAGGAAGUCGAGAAAGCAAAAUCUGUUUUGGAUUAUCUUUAGGAUUUGGGAUUCAAUGGAAAUCGUAGUGUUUUCUAGCAUUUUCUACUGCCACAUUAUAUCUACACCAGAAAGUUCUUAAUUCCUGAUAGAAAUUUACAGAUAUUUGUUGUGAUAACCUUAAUCACACUCAAAGUCUUAAUACCCAUAUUCUUCUUAUUUUGGCCUAUUCAUCCUUACACUCUCAUAUAUUCAGUUAUAUUUAUGGGUUUCUAUAUGCAUUUUUUAUCCAUUAUAUUCUAAUUGGUGUUGAAUGAUGAUCUGAAGACUCGAAACUAUAUCUUGUAAGCCUUGAAUAAGAUUAUUACGAUAGAUAUGGACCAGGAAAAUGCUCUACAUGAAUUGAUUGACAUCACUUGUUCACUCAGUCUUCAGAGUUGGAAUCUGAUGCGAACAGUCGUCAUCUACAUUGAGAAGAAGAAGAAAAUAGAAUAUAAUUAUGUUUAUGGAUUUCUGGCUCUUUAUGGGGCCAUUUGUUUUGGUGGAUUUACAUUGUGCAAUUUCGAAUUACCUUUUAUGCAAGCCAUAAAUUAUUGUGAUGAUGACGUUCUAUUGUAUAACAUUCAUGCAGACAUCGUGUUGUCAUUUAUAAUUUGUAUGGGCAGGAUCUACCAAGGGUCUAAUUUCAAUCAGACCUUCAGUGAGAUUGAUGCAAACAUCCACAAACUCACUGCAAUAUAUGAAGACUUGUACACUUUGUUCGAUUACUAUUUUAAGAAUAGGAAUAUAGUGCAAAAUAGAAUCUAUUAUCAAGUGAUUGAAUUGAUUUACAUCUAUUAAAGAAAGAGAAUGCAAAAUCCAUUGCAAAGGAAUGUCAAGAACAAGGUAGAUAUAAUAGAGACUGAUGAAAUGGUAAUCAUGCGAGAGAAGGUAUCAGAAAUGAAAAGUUGUCUGGAAAAGAUAUAGAGCAAUGUGGAAAGAGAUGUUAAGAAAUGUCAUGAUAAAUUCAUAGGCAUUUUUGAUGCCAAUUUCAAAAAACAAAUGAGAAUCAUGAUUUUUGUUAUAAUUACAUUUGUACCAUCCUUAUCAACCAAAGUGUACAAAUAUCUUAGUUAGAUGAUGUGAUUUCUAAAUAUAAUGUCUUUUUA